AUGAUGUUAUUCUUAAAUAGAGUACCCAGUGUUUUUAUCGUCGUGUCUUUAGUUUUAUUGGCCAAUGCACAAAAACCAACGAAUAAUCUACGAGACGUCGACUUCCACGAGCUGGCGAGGCAGAAUGUAAUCACUAAGCAAAUAUUGGAGGCUUUUAUUCAGAAGAAAUUGGGACUAGCGAGCACUAAUGUUAGAGCACCUUCCAUAUUUGAUAUUCUACCAACAGGAAAAAAGAGUGAAGAGAGGACAAUAAGAGAUUCAACAAAUCAUUCAGAUUUCCGUGAAAAUUUUGAAAUACCAGAUAUAUCAGUGCAAGAUUAUGGAGAAGAUGAUAACUUGCAAAGCGUCGAGAGUGAACAAGUAGACUCUAUUUAUUCCGAAGGUAGAAGUAAAAAGUAUACAAGUCAGUUUAUAGAAGGCGAGUUGGAACCUUUUAAUCAAUGUUCAAGUUGUAGCAGCGAAGACGAGCUAGGCGUAACGCGAUGGACAAUGCCUCUUCUCAAAUCGGGAGAGAAAAGAUACUAUCUAGGAAUAUUCUUCAAGGCGAAUUGGUUUAAAGCUCAACAGUACUGCAGAUUCCAUGGCAUGCAUUUGGCAUCUGUUUCGUCACAGGAAGAAAAUGACCGACUAGAGAAAUACGUUAGGGAAUCAGGUUACGGCCGCGAACAUUUCUGGACAUCGGGUACUGAUUUGGCUGAAGAAGGCAAUUUCUUCUGGAUGGCCAACGGCAGACCACUCACUUUCGUAAACUGGAACGCUGGAGAACCAAAUAACUUCAGAUACGAGAAUGGAGAAGAGGAGAACUGUUUAGAAUUAUGGAACAGAGACGACAAAGGCUUGAAAUGGAACGACUCGCCUUGCUCCUUCGAAACAUUCUUCAUUUGCGAAGUCCGAUCGGAUUAAUGUACACGUACACAUUGCAUGAUACGACACGAUAUUAACAUCAUUAUGAACGCCUUGAAUAAUCCAUGAAGGUCACAAUACAAUGAAUUAAAAUGUCUAUAAAUUCAUUACAAUCUAAAAUUAACUACCGUAAACAUUUUAAUCUUAUUCCAGAAGAUGUUUUUGUACGUUUUUAAAUACGUGUCGAUUCCAAUGUAAUGUUUUUAGUUUACAUUCGCUAUGUUGUGAUAACAGACGUACUCGUAGUGUGCUAGAUUUCAACUUCAUUUAAUAUCAGUGUUUUCGUCUUUGAUUAUCUAAAAAGUACAAUUAAUUCCACUUGAAUUGAUCAUUAAAUAAACGCAAUAUGAUUUUAUAAUUCAAUGAUAUUCUAUUUAAUUUUAAUUACAAUUUAGUAAAGUUUCGGCAAAAAAAUGUUAUUUAUUUGCUUUGUUUUGGUGUUGUAUUAAAUUGAAUCGAAGUACAAUAUAUGUUUAUUAUAUUAGUAAAUAAGUUGGAAUCAAAAAAAUCGUAUUUCGUUCUUAUGAAACGGUCACUGCCUAAUGAUCUUAUUAGGAUUAAAUCUCUAAAGUUAGAGUUCAAUGGGACGCCUGUGUGUCCAUAGUCAAACUUAGUAGGUAAAUACAAUAGUUACCUUAGCAAUAUCUGUAUAAAUAGACGUAAGU